UAUAAAUACACCUCAAACUUUGCUACAAAAGAAUCAUCCAAAAGAACCUCAUUUUCAAGGCAAAAUCAAGUAAACUUUUCGCUUUCCAAAAUGGCUAACUCCUCCACGUCUUCCUCAUCAACUUCCAUCUCAGACAAAACAUUGGCAGGUUUGGGAAGCCUCAUCAAACUCCUCCCAACAGGAACUGUCUUCGUAUUCCAGUUCCUUAACCCUGUUUUAACCAACAACGGCGAUUGCAGCCCUGUCAACAAGGUCUUCACCAGCAUCCUCAUUGGUCUUUGUGGGUUAUCUUGUGUUUUCGCUUGCUUUACAGAUAGCUACAAAGGCAGUGAUGGGUUAGUUCAUUAUGGUAUAGCCACAGUUAGUGGUCUUUGGACGUCUUCGGGUUCGGGUUCGGUUAACUCGUCGAGCUACAAGCUGAGGAUUAGUGAUUUUGUCCAUGCAUUUUUUUCUGUGAUUGUGUUUGCUGUGUUGUCUCUGUUGGAUUCUAACACUGUAAAAUGUUUUUAUCCAUCUUUUGAGUCCACUGAGAAGGCUGUGCUCAUGAGUUUGCCUCCUGUUAUUGGUGCAGUUUCCGGGGCAAUUUUCAUGUUAUUCCCUAACACCCGCCAUGGGAUAGGCUACCCUUCAAGUUCAAGUGAUUCCUCGAACUCUAAAUAACUCUAAUUCGGACAACUUUAAGUUUGCUUUGUCGGAUAAAUUAAUUGAUUAAGGAUUGCUACAUAAACUUUGUAAUUUUUUUUUGUUUGGGUCAAAUGUUUGUUUGAUUAGAUAUUGAAAAAGAAGGGAAAGGAUGUCAGAUGCAUGCCAUCGCCCUUGAAAUAUAGUAUGUACUAGCUAGGUUUGCUGUAUUAUGAUUCUAUAUCAAUUUAUGCGAUAAUUAAUGAUAU